AUGGCGACGAAUCCACCACUUCAGUCUCCAACCAAUCUGCAUUUCUUCCAGCCACUUCUUCCCGGUUCCGACACUCACAUCACAAUAUCUGUUGCCUUCUUCACAAAGCACAUACAAGGAAACAACGAUCAGAAAACGGCAAAGCUGAGAUCGGACGCUUCAGACAAAACUUGGCAAGUUAAGAUAGAAGGCCGGACAUUGACCGUAGGCUGGAAAGACUUCGCCACAGCACAUGACCUUCGAGUUGGCGACAUUAUUGUUUUCAAACACGAAGGAGACAUGGUGUUUCAUGUCACUCCUUUUGGUCCUAGCUGCUGUGAGAUUCAGUAUUCACAAUCUCCUAUCAUCGAGGAAGAGGAUGACAACAAUGAUGAUGAAGACGAGAAUGAGAAGAAGCCAGAGACUUAUUUAUCAUACGACUACUGUUUUGUAGCACAAGUCACUGCUUCAAAUCUGAAAUGGGACAAACUUAAUCUUCCUGUGGAAGCUGCGAGGUCGAAUGCUCUGAACAGAAGAUGUCACAAGAUGAUAGUAGUGAACGAAGAUGGAAAGUCGUGGACUUUGAAUUUGAGUUUUGAAGAAUUAGACAAAAGUUAUUACAUGAGAGGAGGCUGGAGAAGAUUCUGCCGCGAUAACAGACUAAAAGUGGGAGAUUCAGUCAUGUUUAACCUGGUUGGAGACGGGAAAACUAUUCCAAUGAUCUGUAUCUGUCCCAAAGAAGAAUGUUCGGAACUAAUGAGCAGAGAGACGAGAGGGAGUAAGAAGACAAAGAAGCGUCCUAAUUGGGUAGCUUCAUCAUCUUCAAGGCAAAACCGAUUCGUCACAAUCAUUCUCACACGUUACAAUAUCCAAAACUCGAAACUUAUUCUUCCGAAUGCAUUCGUUAGAAUCAACGGGAUUAACAAGCACAAAAAGAUAAUUCUGAUGGAUAAACAUGGUGUGAAGCGGUUGACGAAUGUGUUGACAAAUGGACGAAAAAGCAGAGGACUGGGAAAAGGAUGGAAAGAUUUCUGCCAUGCUAAUGACGUGUUGAAGAUUGGUGAGCCUUUUGAGUUGGAGUUGAUUUGGGAAGAUGCAAUUCCUGUUCUCAAGUUUUGCUCCAAGGUCAAGAUCGAACCAAUCUCUGUCUCUGAAGAUUAG